AUGCACCUCGCACACCGAACAGCAGAGGUCAGGGGCCGGGACAAGUCUCCUUGUCUCUCCGUCACCAACCAUUUCGGCAAGCACAUCCAGAAGCGCCAGCUUGACAUUCCCGAGUAUGCAGCCAGCUUUGUUGACUACAAGGCUCUCAAGAAGCUCAUCAAAAAGCUGAGCGCGACACCCAUACUCGCAGCUGUUACUACCGGCAGCGAUCGAGAGCGUCUACAGGACUCGCAGGCCUCGUUGCAGGCCAACAGAGCGACCUUCUUCUUCAAGCUUGAGCGGGAGCUGGAGAAGGUCAACAUCUUCUACCUCCAGAAGGAAGCCGAGCUCAAGCUUCGACUACGCACUUUACUGGACAAGAAGAGAGUCCUGCAAUCACGAGCUACGCCAGCAUCCAAGUUAUCCUCGAGCUAUGUUACACUGGACGAAGGCUUCCGUCUGUUCAGCAACGAUCUGGACAAGCUCCAACAGUUCGUCGAGGUCAACCAGACCGCAUUCUCCAAGAUAUUGAAGAAGUGGGAUAAAAUAUCAAAGUCGCGAACGAAGGAGCUCUACCUUUCCCGCGCCGUCGAUGUACAGCCAUGCUUCAACCGCGACGUCAUCAGCGACCUUUCCGAUCAAGCGACGACCGGCCUGCUUGAGCUUCAAGCGUGGGCGGAAGGCGAAAAGAUCGCGUACACUCCUGCUGUCGAGCUUGAGCGCAAGACUCAGCCAAUGGGCCAAGAUGAAGAGCUUGAGAACCAAGUCUUGCAGGCGAUGAAUGCUGGCAACGCUGGAUUGGUCAAAGAGUGGUCCUCGAGAAUCGCAGGAAGUCAAGAGGCGAAAGAGCGUGUCAGUAGAGUAUUCGUGAAUACAGUCAAGACCGCAGCGCAGAGCACACAGGAAGCUCUCUACCAGACCGAUCUGGUGGACUUCAACUAUGCGGACCCUAUCAACGAGCGCAAUGCGAUACAUGAGGCAGCAGUCAGCGGGAGGAUCGACGUACUCCAGGUCGCCCUGGCCAAAAGUGCAAACAUUCGGGCUCCUGACGUCUACGGACGACUGCCGCUGCACUAUGCGUGCAUGCAUGGAAGAGUGGAUAUGGUCAAGAUAUUGGUUGAGACUGCGCCCGAUACCGUGGACGCGAAGGAUCUGGACAACUUCACACCUCUUAUACACGGCAUCGUGCAUUCGCGACCAGAGUGCGUGCAGGAGAUGCUGCAGUAUGGCGCCGUGGUCAAUGCUGCAGGAACUGCGGAUCACAUUCCUCUCAAUUUGGCUUGCCAGUAUGGUGCGGCUCCUAUAGUGCAGCAGAUACUGCGAUUCAGGCCACAGAUACUGCCCGAUGCAGAGGGACUGUAUCCACAACAUCUGGUAGCUCGCUUCGGUCGAGAUAAUGCGAUUUUGACGAUGCUCAGAGACUUUGGCGUAGAUCUGGACCAGCCGGACAAGCUGUAUCAAUGGACACCCGUCUUUCACGCUGCAUCGGAAGGCCAUCUGCCUUGCCUGAGGCAGCUCCUCGAAUUCAAUGUUGACCCGACAGCUAUCGACGAGAAGGGUCUAUCCGCAAUGUACUACGCCGCGUGGGAAGGCAAACUUGACUGUAUGCAACUUCUCGCUCAAGCGGGUGCCGCGACGGCCGGCAGCACAACAAUACGGAACACCAUCGAUGUGCAGAUGGUCGCAGGAGAGCCCCCAUCAGCGCCGAUGACUGGUGGCACACCGGCAAUGACCAUUUCGGACGUAGAAGCCAUUCCGGACCUCAGCCUGCCACCUCCAAUUAUUCCCCUUAGACGAUAUGGCCACAAUUUCUUGGACACGACGAAGACUUUCAUACUCUUGUCGUUUGAUGCGCUUGCUGGCGAAGCCAUUGAGUUCUACGGCGAUAGCAAGUACCCAGCUGCACGCCUCACGAUCUCCUCAAAGUCAUCCGACUUGAUUCCACGGAAUCUACCACUGCCAAUCCAGGACGACUUCAAGAAUAUCUCCUUCCAGAUCGAGAAUCUCGACACAUUCAGCAUCGACUUCGACAUCUAUCCCACUUUUGGCAGCAAGGUCAUUGCUCGCGCGGCUGCAUCGAGUCGUGUGUUUACCAGCAAAGCUAGUAGCUCUGGUUUAUGGCAUUUGGAGCUGUUCGAUCCACGUUUGAGAGCAAUUGGAAGGCUCAGCUUCCGCUACCAGGUCGUCACGCCCUUUCACGGCAUCCCACUUGAGAUUACGCACUUCGCAACGUACUGGAAGGCCACCAGCCAGUUCUCGGAGAAUCAUCCAAGCAAUCUGAUCACCGGAAGCAGCUUGUCGGGCGACUUCAUGAGACUUUUUGUACAGGUGACGCUCGACGGUGUCCCCGUGCUGUACAACGACUGGGCAUUGCCAAGCAGCAGAAACGAUCUGAUAAGCAGGAUGACCUAUGCCGAAUUUGAGAACGCUGGACUGGACGCAGGUCGAGGACGUGGCAUCAUACAGGGUCUCGUUGGCUCCGGUAUCGAUCGUGGAAACCUCUCCGCAGUACAGCGCCAGGUCGCUCGGUCCUACGCUUCGCUGGCUGAUGUGUUGGCUCUAUUGCCAUCUGAUCUGCACAUUGAGAUACAUGUGUGCUAUCCCAGCCGAGCAGAUGAGGACACCUAUCAUCUGGGUGCCACGCAGAAUAUCAACGUGACCGUCGACAGUGUGCUCAAGGUCGUCUUUGAUCACGCGAGACAAUUGCGCGAGGCGAAGGAUACGCCCUUGAGGAAUUUUGCGUUUUCAAGCUACAAUGCUGAAGUGUGCAUGGCUCUCAACUGGAAGCAGCCGAAUUACCCAAUUUUAAUCUGCAACGAGCUCGGCGUAGCGCCUUCUACUGCCAACGCACGUCGCCCCAGCUCAACACCAAACAUGGUCACAAACUGCGGCCGAACCGACAUGUCCAUCAAGGAAUCCGUCCGCAUCGCACAGAGUAACAACUUCAUGGGCUUAAUCUGCACAUCACGCCUUCUCGAUCUCGUCCCAGCGCUAGUCUCAUCCGUCAAAGAAGCUGGACUGGUCCUCAUAUCAGACUACUCACAUCACACUCGACCAGCAAGCCUGGUCAAUCUGCCGAAGGGCGUCGAUGGUCUGCUGCAGGAUAACGCAGUCCUCCGUUUUAGGGAAGCGAUUGAUCAGUAG